AUGAAUCAUGAUAUACGCUGCUACACCGCUACAGCCUACAGCCCUACAGUAGUACAGGGCCAGACCUACUCUCCUCGAGAGAGUAGCCCUACACUCACACAGGUUACGGCUUACACCGCUACAGGCUACGCCGCUACAGGCUACGCCGCUACAGGCUACGCCGCUACCGGCUACAGGCUACGCCGCUACCGGCUACAGGCUACGCCGCUACCGGCUACAGGCUACGCCGCUACCGGCUACAGGCUACGCCGCUACCGGCUACAGACUACGCCGCUACCGGCUACAGGCCUACACUCUACACUCUACA